GAGGGAGGAGCAGUGUGGUAGUCAGUUUACUCACGACCUUCCUAACGUAAUCAUCUCUUUGGUGUCUCGCUUCUUACCAUGAGUGUGACGGGUCUCUCAACGGUUUUUGUGCUUGUACUGAGCUUAUGCUCAACAUGGGCUCGAGAAAUCUUGCCGCAACCCACCUAUCUACCUCCAGUACUGGAUUACCCAUUGAUGGCCGUGGAGUCAACAUUCCAAGAACCCAAGUUCAUCAAUCCAACAGGAACAACCUUAAUUCCAUUAACCGUUUUACUCCAAUAAGUGCUUCUGGAAAUUUCCUUCACGGUGGCAUAUCAAAUGAUGAAUUGAUCGCCCCUGGCAUACAACUUGGUAUCAACGAUCAUUCUUCUAGUCGGCCUGAGCUAACAUCGAACAGAUUCGGCCAAAUUGGCCUGGGUGCAACAAGUAGCUUUGCCACUUCCACCGGUAAUGUUUCCCCUUCAGGAGGCAUCGCUGUUAACAUUGGGGAUGCUCAAAUAGGGGAAUCAUCCAGUAGAGUCGGUGGCCCUAUCAAUGAUCUAGGUAGUUUAAACCUUCAAGUUGGUGCUGGCAGAGGAUCAGCCUUCACAAGUGGCGAUUCUUCCAGUCGGGUCGUAAGUGGUCCAGGUGCUGGCGUCACAUUCGGCCAGAUUAAUGUUCCCAGAGCGUCUGUGGCUGGUCAAAUCAACAGGGUGAACUUCUUAAUCACCCCAACAGUAACCCAGAUUGUGACGAUCGACCGCUUCGUAACCCUCACUGACCUGGCUUUCAACAGCGUGGCAGUCACCCUCACUUCAUUCAACGUGCAGACUGUCACUGCUGGCACUCGCGUGGUUGUAGCCACACCAGUGGACGAACGCGUUGCCCUCCAGACCACUGUAGUCUUAAGACCGACAUCAGUGACAAUGACUGAGGUGAAGUCUGACUUCAGGGUGGUGACAGAAGUCUCGGUUGACCACGUGACGAUCACCCAUACAUCUUACAUCAUCAGUCAAUAUACGUACACCACGACUGCCACUCAAGUGUUAACCUACACUUCUACACUGGUAAGAACAAACUUACGCACUGCAAGCACAACCUUCACUGAAUAUCGCACCGUAGCGGACACUGUUUACGUCGGCGGCAAUUACGGCACUCGUUUCUAGUUUAUGGGUUACUUUAUUUUUAAUUGCCUACUUUCCUAUCCGGUUAACUUAAUGUCUUAAUAAAUGCUUUACUUCAA